GAGAUUUGUAAAAUCAUAUGCAGUGUUGAAGCAAUCGACACUGACUGGACAUGGUUUUAUUUUGGCUGUAACCGCCAUCAGAAACGUGCCAAUAAACUACCCAAGAUUGAUUAUGAAAAUCUGAGAAGAGGUGAUAAACCAAUGUUUCAUUGUGAACUUUGUAAUGCCAAUAUCACUAACGUGUUACCAAAAUUCAAACUACAUCUGGUAGUUAAAGAUGACACAGACACUUGCAAUGUAAUGUUACUAGGAUCUGUUGCAAAGUCCAUCAUUGGACAUAAAGCUGAGGACUUGUGGGAUGGUUCUUAUGCAGAGAUUGAAGAUCCAGAGAUACUUCCUGCGCCUAUUCAAGAUUUGGUGGGGAAAUCAUUCUGUUUUGGGCUAUCUAUAACUUCUGAUAACGUCACAAAUGGAUCAGGAAACUAUAUUGUCUUAGAGGUUUGUUCUGGAGAUAAAGUGUUAAGUAUUGAAACUGUCUCCGAGGCUAUUUCUGAUAUAGGAACAACUUCUUCUACCAUGUCAUCUGCUCCUUGCAUGCUGUUGGAUACAAACUCAUCAGAAGAUCCUAAAACUCCCUUUUCGAAGCGCAAGGACGAGAAGGAUGAUCUACCCGACAUAACAUCAUCCUCAAAGAAAAUGUGCACUAAAUUGAUCAAGGAGGAAAAGCAUAAAUCAGAUUAAUUAGAUGAUAUUCUAUUCAGUUCCUUCCCUUUUAUGAUGAGUUAUUGUUUUAGUUUUUGAU